CUUGCGGAACAGAGAGGGAGAGCCGCGGCUCGGGUGUGUGUGUGUGUGUGUGUGUGUGUGUGCGCGCGUGUGUGUGGUGUGGCCUCCUCUUCCCACGCACCCCUCCCCCGUCUGUCCGCUCGCUCUGCCCCAAAAAUGUGAAACCAAAUCCGAGCAGCAGGUCACAGAGCCUAGUUAUUUUAAAACCAAUACUGAACUACCUCGACAGCACCAUGAACGUAACGCGGAGCGGCCAGUUUAUAGAAAUAAUCUUCGCCGUGAGAGAGACAGAGUAACAUGAGGGAGCGCCGCGGUGAUCGUUUAACGUGUUUUGUUGUUGUUUGGCUGCUCGUGGCUCUCCAAUGUCUCUGCCCGUAGUUCUGCCUGGAUCCUGCUGUCGUUUAUCGGGGGCUGCUUUGGCCCAUCAGCUCACAGACGCCUCUCACAGAAGCCGCAGCAGCCGCUGUGUGUCCGCUCUCCCGUCCCGUAUGUCUGGAUCUCAGACGCGGCUCUCCCCGGCGCUGCUGCCCGCUCGCCCGCUGCUCUCCCUCGGCUUGCUGCAGCUGGUUCUCGGCUGCUCCAUGGUGGCGCUCUCUUUCGGGGCUCUGUCCCUUAGCAACUCGCCCCCUAUUAGAAACUCCUGUCCUUUUUGGGCCGGAUCUUCUGUCAUCCUCUCUGGGAUUAUAGGACUAACCACAUGGAAACGGCCAAUGCUUCUGCUGGUAAAUCUGUUUGUAUUGCUGUCAGUGGUCUGUAUCCUGCUAAACCUGGCAGGCUUCAUCCUCUGCUGUCAGGGGGCUCAGCUGGUCUCCAGUACCAUUAACUGCCAGCUGAAGGGUGAUCUCUGUUACUGUUGUUCAGAGAAUCCAAGCACACCGUGCCAAGGGGACAAGUUGAUUGAGAUCUACGCGGGUCAUGCAUGUGGCACAAUGAGAAUCCUGCUCAAGAAAGUGCUGUUUGCGUUGUGUGCGCUGAAUGCUUUGGCCACAGCUGUGUGUCUGGUGGCUGCCGGACUCAGAUAUCUCCAGAUCUUCUCAACCAGACGGCCCUGCAUGGAAGAGGCUAGGCCUGUUCCAGAGGAAGUGGAGGAGCAGACUCAUCUUCCUGACCCUGACGAAUUUGUCGCUCCGGCACCUCCUCCUUCAUACUUCUCCACCUUCUACUCUUACACCCCACGCCUGGCUCGCAGGAUGUUUAGUGAUGGUAUGAUUCCUCUUCCUCAUAUAUAUGGUGCCAGAAUUAAAGGAGUGGAGGUCUUCUGUCCUCUAGACCCUCCUCCACCUUAUGAAGCUGUUGCAUCAAACCCAGCAGCACAGGCCCAGAAUACUGAGGUGCAAAUGAGUGAUCUGACUGAGGUCCUGACAGAGAGUGCAGAAGCAGCGUCGCCCAGUGAUGACAGGUGCUGUCAGACGGCCGUAUUGAGCCCCACACCCCCAACACAGUCCAGACAGCCUCAUAGCGAAGUCUCCUCCAGCAGAAAACCUCACAGACCUCGCCUCCGCAGGUCCAACAGCGACCCCGUCCUGCUUGACCUGACCGCCAAAGUAAUGAGUUGUGAAGCAGCUACACAGACAGAACAAGGUCCAGCUCCUGCUCCAGGCUCAGUGACUGUAACGGAGCAUGGGACGGUUACUCUACGACAGGGCCGUGGCAAACGGAAGCCUCGUCCCAACUCUAUGGUGGACUACCAGAGCUAUAGAGACACAAAACUGCUGGUGGCCCGUUUUCUGGAGCAGUCCUCCUGCAGCUUGACCCCUGAGGUACAGGAGCUGGUCAACAGCAUCAAAACCGUGCUGCGCUCUGAUGAGGAGCACAUGGAGGAGGCCGUUCGCUGCGCCAGCUUCAUCGACCAGGCCAUUACAGUUUCAGAGGUUGCACCAGUGCAGUCCAGCCUCCGCAGGCAGACGCAGAUGCAGACGCAGACGGAGCUCACCUCCAACACGCUGCCGCUGCGCAAGCGGCCGGGCAUCCUUCACCUGCGCAGCUGUGGCGACCUCAGCUCCUUCACAUGGGCACAGCUUCAGGCCGGGCCAGAGCGCAGGACACGUUCCCAUUCCCGAACUAACUCCAGGAUGGGCUCUCGGGCUGGAUCCCGUCGCAUGGAACAGGAACGUCCACACAGCCUCAUCGGAGUCUUCCGAGAAACUGUCAUCUGAGUGACGUCUCAAACUGACCGUUAGCCCAGGAAAUAAAGAGAAGCUUAUCCUGAACACCACAACAUGAAGGAAGCUCCAGAUGAGUACAGAUCACGUCAUUUUUAAAACAUCUGUUUUUGUUGUGAAUGUGUGUACUGAAUGUUAUUCAUUUUUAACUUUUUCAGUUGGAGUUCCAGCUGUUU